AUGAUAUUAACUCCUUUAUUUAGACAACAUCUACAACAGGCGCGGAAUUUCCGCACCAACGCGGCCGUGAUAUCAACGAAGGAUGUGUUCAAGCAGAAACAGAAGUACUUGACGGAGGCAUUGAGAGCUGGCAAGUUCUUGAAAGAAGACCCAUCUGAGGCUAAAAAGGAAAAACCGGUGAACCCCUUGAGUGACCCUGGUUCUAUGGAUGCCAUCUUUGGAAUGGCAAAGGGCAAUAUGGCCAACUUCAUACCGCAGACGGUGAUCAUGUGGUGGGUCAACUACUUUUUUGCCGGGUUUGUGAUAAUGAAGUUGCCAUUCCCGCUCACUAUAAGGUUCAAAUCGAUGCUUCAAAACAGCAUAAUGACGUCUGACCUGGAUGUGCGCUGGGUAUCGUCCAUUUCAUGGUACUUUGUGAACCUGAUGGGACUGAAGUCUGUUUACUCUUUGAUUCUUCAAGACAACUCGUUGGUAGAUAAGAUGAUGGCUGCACAGCAGCAGCAGGGUCAGCCCAAUAUAUCAAUGCCUGGCGGACCUACAAUGGAUAAGAUGAUGAAGGGGGAAGCCGAGAACGUCCAGAUCGUAGAGUUCAGGAGCUGUUUGGAUGGAAUUGAGGAAAGGCUUUUUAAACGGUUUGAGAUUAGUGUAUAG